CGCGGCCGCGCGCGGCUCGUGGCCGCGGGCGGCCUGGCGCGGCUGGCGCGGCGCGGCGCUGCGCUUGUGGGCUGGGCGUGGAGGCUCGGGUCCCGCUGCAUCUUGCUCGACUUCACGUACUUUUUCGUGUGGUCCAGGUUCCUCGCCUUCGUGUGCCUGCUCACCGCCACAAUCCUGCUCGGCGAGGAGGGCUUCUACUCCAUUUUCAACCUGCCGUCCUCGUCCAGCUGCCACUUGGCGCGCGGGGUGGGCCUGUGCGACGCGGAGGGCGUGCACAGGGCGCCGAGCAGCGGCGUGGUGCUGACGCUGAACCCGGUGGAGAGCUUGCAGCUCCACGUCGAGAAGCCCGGCAUCUGGGCCCUGCGGCUGGUGGUGGCCGCCUCAGCGGCCAACUCGCGCUACCUGCGCUGCUGGCCGCGGCUGGACCGCUGCUUCUGCGCGCUGGUGCUGGCGUGCUGCCUGCUGCACUUCCUGGGCAGCGCCGCGGACCUGCGGCACUGCGACGCGACGCGGAGUCCUCCUGGCCGGUGCGGCCUCCUGGCCCCGCGGUGGGCCGCGGGCUCGCCAGACUGGCCGGGGCCCAGCGAGGAGGCCGACCAGGUGCUGCGCUACUGCGUGGUGAGCCGCGCGCGGCGCUUCCGGCCGAGCCCGGGCGGGGGCGCGGAGGAGGACGCGGCGCCGCUCGAGGAGUGGGAGCAGCAGCGGCGCGAGGACGAGAGGAUGACGGAGUCCGUGCGCGACAUGUGGGCCGCGUGGGUCGACCGCACCGCCUUCGUGGUCAGCUUCGCUAACCGCUCGCUGCUCGUGGAGUACUGCCAGUCGCUGCUGCAGGUCCCGGAGCUGCACACGUGCCUCGCGUGGCUCAACAGUUCGUCCCACGGCAACUCCAUCCGGUGCCCGCGCGCAGACGACGGCGCCAUCCUCCUCGACCAGGAGCGGCUGCAGAUGCUCUCGGCCGCGCUGGCGGCAUCCGCCAGCGGCGGGGGGGGCGGGCGCCUGGGCCGGCUGGCGAUGCUGGACUCGGUGUUGCUGGAGGCCCAGCUGGACGGCCUCGUGCUGCGCGGCUGCGAAGCCUGGGUCAACGGCAGCACCUUCGCCCUGCGCGCCCGCUGGCCCUUCAGCGGCAUGGCCCGCCCAGAGGUCGUCGGAGAGCACCUGCUGGCGAGGAGGAGCAGGAGGAGGAGGAGGAGCAGGAGGAGCAGGCCGUCGCUCCCGGCGCGGAGGGCGCCGCGGCGGCUGGCGGCGCGGCCCGCCUGGGCGUGGCGCAGCGGGCGCAGGGGGACCUCGAGGGGCGCU